AUGGCGCAUCACGACGAACGCAUCCUGGCUGCUGCCCAGAAGCAUGCCAUUGUUCCCCUGGAGAAGGGGCAGCUAUACAAGUAUGGCACUGCCGGGUUCCGCAUGAAGGCUGACCUGCUCGACGGCGUCACCUUCCGCGUCGGCUUGCUGGCGUCUCUGCGCAGCCGCAAGCUCAACUCCCAGACCAUCGGUGUCAUGAUCACCGCCAGUCACAACCCCGCCGUCGACAAUGGUGUCAAGAUCGUCGACCCCAUGGGCGAGAUGCUCGAGCAGGACUGGGAGCACCUUGCGACCAACCUCGUCAACGCUCCUACCCCGGAGGACCUCGUCCAAUACUACAACCAGCUUGCGACCGACCUCAAGAUCGACCUGAGUGCUCCCGCCAAGGUCAUCUAUGGACGCGACACGAGGCCAUCCGGUCACACUCUUGUCACCGCCCUUGCCGCCGCCUUGGAAGCUACCGAAACAGAGCAGGUCGACUACAAGAUCUUGACUACCCCUCAGCUGCACUACUUGGUCCGCGCUACCAACACCGAGGGCACCCCCACCUCCUACGGCCAAGUCAGCGAGGUCGGAUACUACAAGAAGAUGGCCGAUGCUUUUGUUCGCGCCUUGAAGGGCAGGAGAAUCAACGGCCCCUUGAUUGUCGAUUGCGCCAACGGUGUCGGAGGUCCCAAGCUCGCCGACUUCCUCAAGCACGUUCCCCAGGACAAGGUCAAUUUUGACGUCAAGAUCGUCAAUGACGACGUUCUACGUCCCGAGGUCCUCAACCUCGAGUCCGGCGCCGAUUUCGUCAAGACCAAGCAACGCGCUCCCCCCAAGCCCGCACCCCAGCCCGGCGUAAGGUCCUGCUCUCUCGAUGGCGAUGCCGACCGCUUGAUCUACUACUGGAUCGAUCCCGAUACCGGCUUCUUCAUGCUCGACGGUGACCGCAUCUCCUCUCUUGCUGCCUCCUUCAUCGGUGACCUUGUCGAGAGCGCCGGUCUCAAGGAUGAGCUCCGCAUUGGUGUUGUCCAGACCGCCUAUGCCAACGGUGCUAGCACCAACUACAUCCGUUCCCACCUUAAGCUGCCCGUCAUGUGCACUCCCACUGGCGUCAAGCACCUUCACCACGUCGCCCAGAGCUUCGAUAUCGGUGUCUACUUUGAGGCCAACGGCCACGGCACCGUUCUCUUCUCUCCUGAUGCUCUGAGAGCCUUCAAGACCACCGAGCCGCAGUCCCCCGCCCAGCAAGAUGCUCUCACCACCCUCGCCGCCCUCAGCGACCUGAUCAACCAGACCGUCGGUGACGCCAUCUCCGACAUGCUCCUCGUUGAGGUCAUCCUGGCGCACAAGAACUGGUCCCUCCGUGACUGGGCCAUGACCUACAACGAUCUUCCCAACAGGCUCGUCCGCGUUGUCGUUGGCAACAAGGAUCUCUUCCAGACCACUGAUGCCGAGCGUCGCCUGUCCCACCCCGAAGGUGCCCAGGAACAGAUCGACGCCGCCGUCAAAAAGUACAAGGAUGCCCGUGCCUUUGCCCGCGCCAGUGGUACCGAGAACGCCUGCCGUGUGUACGCUGAGGCCGCCACCAACAGUGAAGCCACGGAGCUCGCCAAGCAGGUUGCGCAGAUUAUUGAGCGAUUCGGCGGAAACAUCCAGUAG